UAAAACCAAAUAGCCCAAACAAAACAACGAUGACCAUAAAAAAAAAGAGGAAACUCAUUGAGAAAGAUAACGAAAAAGAGAAUUCAAUGAGACCUCGGGGGCUAUGCAUGGUCUUUCUUCUUCCUCUUCUAUUGUGUACGCCAUCUCUUUCUCACGCCAAACUUACGUCCGAUUAUUACAGCAAGUCAUGUCCGGACAUGGAAGAGACACUCGUCCGAAUCGCCACCGACAAACAGAUAGCUUCUCCGACGACGGCCGCCGGAAUCCUGAGGCUGUUCUUCCACGACUGCAUGGUUGACGGCUGCGACGCCUCGAUCCUCGUCGCGUCCUCUCCCCUCAAGAAAUCCGAACGCGACGCCGACAUCAACCUCUCCCUUCCCGGCGACGCCUUCGACCUCAUCACCCGCAUCAAGACCGCCGUCGAGCUCAAAUGCCCCGGCGUUGUCUCCUGCGCCGACAUCCUGGCCGCCGCCACUCGCACCCUCGUCACCAUGGUCGGAGGCCCUCGUUACGACAUCAGGUUCGGCCGUCUGGACAGUCUCGUCUCCGACAAGGACCGCGUGGAGGGCAAUCUGGCUCGACCCAACAUGACGAUGGAUCAGAUCAUAUCCAUCUUCGGAUCAAACGGGUUCUCCGUACAGGAGAUGGUUGCUCUUGUCGGAGCACACACCAUCGGAUUCUCCCACUGCAAGGAAUUCGCUGGUCGGAUAUUCAACCACAGCACGGAGUCCAAGUCCGACCCGGCGAUCAAUCCGAGAUACGCAACUCAGUUGCGGCAGCUCUGCGAGAACUACACGGUGGACGAGGAGAUGUCGGCGUUCAACGACGUGUUUACGCCCGGGAAGUUCGACAACAUGUAUUACAAGAAUCUGAGAAACGGGUUCGGGUUAUUGCAAUCGGACCAGGCACUCGCGGUGGACGAGAGGACACGGCCCGUCGUGGAUCUGUACGCGGCCAACGAGACGGCUUUCUUCGAGGCUUUCGCAAAGGCCGUCGAGAAGGUGAGCGAGCGGAACGUGAAGGAGGGGAAGCAGGGUGAGGUUCGGAGGCGGUGCGAUCAGUACAACGACUACAGGGCGUAAAUAUAUAUGGAAUUGAGUGUCGAGAUUUAGACAAGAGAAUGCGCGCUAAUGAUCUAUUCCUCCUUUUUGUUUUGUUGUUGUUAGAGAUAACAGCCAACCACAUAAAACAAGAUCAUUACAGUGAUUAGGAAUUCGUUAAAUCAAGAAAAACAUAAAAACUGUAACAUGAUUCCACAUUCUAAUGCAAUGUAAUUUGUCUGUA